AUGGGUGUCGGUCGUCGCAUGAAGAAACAGGGUCCUCCCCAACCCUUGUCCGAGGAACAUUUCGCAAAGCUCAAGCGCAAGGCCGGUCUCCCAGCUGAUCCCGUCGUUGAGACCCCCGAGAGGAAGAAGCGCAAAACCGUCACCAAGGAGAAGCUCGUCGAGUCCAAGAAGAACGGAGUCGCUAAGAAGGAUGUCAAGAAGACAAAGGUCACCAAGCCUGUAAAGGCUGCUGCGGCGCCUGAUUCUACUUCUGCGCCAAAGGUCAACCCUAGGUCGAAGAAGAGCAAGAAGGCCCCAGUGCCGGCACUGGAAGACCUUUCCGAUGAGGAGAUGGAUGAUGAGUUUGACCUCGACGACUUGGAGGAUGGCUCAUCAGACCUCGGCGGCGCUGGACUCAAGGACGAUUUCCUCGAAUCUGACAACGACGACGACUCUGUACUCGACUCUGACGAGGAGGGAGGCAAGGGCACAAGGGCUAUGUUCUCUGAAGACGAGGACGAGUCAGACGCCGAGGAGAAGCUCACAGCCGCCAACAUUGAGGGUCUUACAAGGAAAUUGGAUCUUCAAAGGGCAGAGGAAGCCGCCGAGGCUGAGGCUGAGAUGGCCGAGCAAGCUCUUCAGACAAACAUCGACGGCGACAAGCCUCACAUUCUCUCCGACGAGGACAGCGACGACGAGCUCGCUACCAAGACACAAGCCCUCCUGGCUCCCGAUCUGCAGCUUCUGCGAACAAGAAUCACCGAGAACAUCCGCGUCCUCGACGACUUUGCCAAGCUCUCCGAGGAAGGUCGCUCAAGAACCGAGUAUGUAUCACAGCUUCUCAAGGACAUCUGCUCCUACUACGGCUACUCCGCGUACCUGGCCGAAAAGCUCUUCAACCUCUUCACACCCCGCGAGGCUUUCGCUUUCUUCGAGGCCAACGAGUCGGCGCGUCCCGUUGUCAUCCGCACAAACACCCUCCGCACCCACCGUCGUGAUCUUGCUCAGGCUCUUAUCAACCGUGGUGUCACUCUUGAGCCCGUCGGCAAGUGGUCCAAGGUCGGUCUUCAGGUCUUUGAGAGCAGUGUCCCUCUUGGUGCUACUCCUGAGUACCUCGCUGGUCACUACAUCCUCCAGGCUGCCUCCUCUUUCCUUCCCUGUAUGGCUCUUGACCCCCAGGAGAACGAGCGAGUGCUUGAUAUGGCCUCUGCUCCUGGUGGAAAGACCACAUACAUGUCCGCCAUGAUGAAGAACACCGGUAUCGUUGUUGCCAACGAUCCCAACAAGGCUCGUGCCAAGGGUCUUAUCGGUAACAUCCACCGUCUGGGAUGCCGUAACGUCAUCGUUUCCAACUAUGAUGCCCGAGAGUUCCCCAAGCCCAUGGGUGGCUUCGACCGCGUCCUUCUCGAUGCUCCUUGCUCAGGAACUGGAGUUAUUGCCAAGGAUCCUAGUGUCAAGACCAAUAAGACCGAGCUCGACUUUAUGCAACUCCCCCACCUCCAGAAGCAGCUUCUUCUCGCUGCCAUUGACUCUGUCAACCACGCCUCCAAGACAGGUGGCUACAUUGUCUACUCUACUUGUUCCGUUACCGUCGAGGAGAACGAGCAGGUUGUCAACUACGCUCUCUCCCGUCGCCCCAACGUUCGCCUCGUCGAUGCUGGCCUAACCUUCGGAAAGGAGGGUUUCACUAGCUACAUGGGCAAGAAGUUCGACCCCUCUGUGUCUCUGACAAGGCGAUUCUACCCUCACUCCCUCAACGUCGAUGGUUUCUACGUUGCCAAGUUCCAGAAGAUCGGACCUACACCCGCCAGUGCCUCAAAUGCUCGUGAUCGCACUACCGGUCCUGCUGACGAGACCGAGUUUAUCGACAAGACCCCCAUCGCCACAGACGACGAGGAGUCCGGAAAGAAGAGCGACGACUUUGGUGGCUGGGAUGACGACGAGGACAAGGAAUACAUGGAGAAGGGACGAAGAAACGCCAUGCGCCGAAGAGGUCUGGAUCCCAACAGCAACAGCAAAAAGGCAAAGGCAAAGAAGGAGAAGGAGAGCAAAAAGUAG